AUGAGUUAUCGUUUAACUGCUAUUUCAAAGGGCAAAUCCUUCCCUGAUGGGAGUAUUGACAAGAUUAGGGAGUUUGUGCGGACACUUCAUCACGCAGAGAUUCAUGGAAUUAGCAUGCUCUCACCCAAUAAAGCUUUAGAUCUCCAGAUUGAAAUUAAUGACUGUUGUGACGGAAACCAUCUAGACUCCACAAAAGAUGCAGUCAGGACAACCGAGAUAGAAGGCGUGGAUCUGGUAUUCAAUGAGCUUGAAGUCCGUAAAGACAUUCGAUUGGUGGUGUUUGAUAUGGACAGUACUUUGAUCCAGCAGGAGGUCAUUGAAUUAAUCGCUGCCAAGGCCAACGUGGAGUCCGAAGUGGAGAAGAUCACAACAGCAGCUAUGAAUGGAGAGUUGGAUUUCAAACAGUCGUUGGCUCAAAGAGUGGAACUACUGCGUGGGAUUGAGUCUUCUGAUCUUUGGAAUUCUUUGAAGCCACAAUUGAAGUUCACUCCUGGUGCUCGUGAACUCUGCAAAGGUCUUAAGAAAGCUGGAAUUAAACUGGCAGUUUUGAGUGGGGGUUUUGUUCCCCUUGCUGAAUAUGUUUCCAAUGAGCUUGGUCUAGACUAUGCCUACGCCAACACUCUCAAGACUGAAGUGGAUGCUUCAGGAAAGGAAAUACUUAGUGGCACUACGAUUGGAGAAGUUGUUGAUGGAGCACGUAAAGCCGAAUUGUUGAAAGAAAUUGCAACCAAGAACGAUAUACCUUUUAGCUCAGUUCUGGCUGUUGGAGACGGAGCUAAUGACUUACCAAUGAUGAAAAUUGCUGGUCUUGGAGUUGCCUGGAAUGCGAAACCCAAAGUCCAAGAACAGGCUCCUGCCAAACUCAAUUCGGAAUCAUUGGCUGACAUCUUCUACGUUUUAGGCUACAGUGAUGUCGAAAUUGAGGGAUUUCUUAACGAAUAG